UGGCGUUGUACCUGAAAGUUGGUUCUAGUGGACAUUAAAAUAUUUUAUUUUUGUACAUUUGUAUUUUUUAAUGUUGAAAUAUGAGUUCUAGAAGAUGGUUUUGGCCCACUAUCAGUGGGAUCGAAGCUGAAAAACUGUUAAUGGAAAGAGGGGUGGAUUGUAGUUUUUUAGCUCGACCUAGUUCCUCAAAUCCCGGCGACUUUACGUUAUCUGUAAGGAGAAAUGGGGAGGUCACGCACAUCAAGAUUCAAAACUCUGGCGAUUUCUAUGAUUUGUAUGGAGGGGAGAAAUUUGCUACCCUCUCGGAAUUAGUCCAGUACUACAUGGAAAAGCAGGGUCAAUUGAAAGAGAAGAAUGGAGAAAUUAUCGAGCUAAAGUAUCCUUUGAAUUGUGCUGAUCCGACUACAGAAAGAUGGUUUCAUGGACACUUAUCUGCGAAGGAAGCGGAGAAACUAAUUUUAGAUAGGGGAAAGAAUGGCAGUUUUUUAGUCAGAGAGAGCCAAUCGAAACCUGGGGAUUUUGUUCUUUCUGUUCGAACAGAUGAUAAAGUCACCCACGUUAUGAUCAGAUGCACACCGGAUAAUAGAUAUGAUGUAGGGGGUGGCGACCAAUUCAGUAGUUUGGCCGAUUUAAUAGAACACUACAAAAAGAACCCCAUGGUUGAGACUUCCGGCACUGUUGUUCACCUAAAACAACCCUUCAAUGCCACCAGAAUCAAUGCCUCUGGAAUACAUUCCAGGGUUAAACAACUUCAGAGCGAAAAUGGGCCCAACAGUUUUGGAAAGGCUGGUUUCUGGGAAGAGUUUGAAUCACUGCAACAACAGGAGUUCAAACAUUUGUAUCAACGGAAAGAGGGUAUUAAACCGGAAAAUAGGAACAAAAACAGAUACAAAAAUAUCCUACCCUUCGACGAUACCCGAGUGAAGUUAAAAGAUGUGGAUCCCACCAUCGCCGGAUCCGAUUACAUAAAUGCGAAUUACAUCAGGUGGAAGGCGGAUGAGACCAUAGGCACCGAAUUGGGGAGCGAUCCUAGCGGCAAGGUCUACAUAGCCACUCAGGGCUGCCUUCCUUCGACUAUCGCAGACUUCUGGCAGAUGGUCUGGCAGGAAAACUGUAGGGUUAUCGUUAUGACUACCAAAGAAACGGAGAGAGGAAAAAACAAGUGUGCUAGGUACUGGCCCGAACAGAGCUGCAGCUGCAGUUACGGUAAAAUCAGAGUUAAGAAUCUGACCUCGUCGUCUACUCAGCACUACACCUUGAGGGAGUUCUUGGUGACACAUGACGGAUCGAAUUGUGAGAGAAAAGUCUAUCACUACCAUUUUCAGGCUUGGCCCGACCACGGCGUCCCGUCUGACCCGGGCUGCGUUCUGAACUUCCUGCACGAGGUGAACAAGAGGCAGGAGUGCAUCCAGCAAGAGACGCCCCUUCAACCCCCCGGCGCAAUCUUGGUGCAUUGUUCUGCCGGUAUCGGAAGAACUGGCACCUUCAUAGUCAUAGACAUGAUUUUGGACCAACUGAAAAAGAAUGGACUAGACUGUGAAAUCGACAUCCAACGCACAAUCCAAAUGGUCAGAUCCCAACGUUCGGGAAUGGUCCAGACUGAAGCACAAUACAAGUUCGUUUACUUAGCGGUGCAACAUCAUAUAGAAACUAUUACUGAAAGAAUGAAGGCUGAUCAAAAAUCUAUGCAACUGGGCAGAGAAUAUACUAACAUUAGAUAUAGUAGUGACAUAGGAAACAGCUGUAUGUCCCCCACGGCAACGAGUGGUUUCGGAAGUAUGUCUUCCAUGAGCAGUAGGUCCAACAGUAUACAUUUCCCAGCAUCGUGUCCUAGCCCGAUCGUGAGGCCAGAUCCAAAAAAACCCUCAAGGCCCGAAAUUCCACUACCAAGACCUCCCGAUGAUCUGGUGAAACCCACACUGUAUGAGAACAUUCCUGGGAACUCUAGUUCUUUAAUGUGUCCUGCGCCACCGCCCCCGCCGAGAAAGCAGACGUGACGCAAAAAAUUCCUAUUCCAAACCUACUUCAUGUACCUUCUCAUUGUGCUGUAGAGUCGAACUUCAGAUGUUGUUGAAUUAAAAGUAUAUCGAUGCCUAGUAAUUAUCUCUACAACGGUGCUCUUUACUCACUUGACAUUGUGUUUCUAGAGGUUAUUUGUCACUGUAUGUCAUUAAACGGGUUAAAAGUCAAUAUCGAAAACGGGACUUUUCUUUCGCUGUGAGGCUGAUUUUUCGCACGAGUUUUAAUGAGUUUGGAAACGUAUGCCACUUUAUUCUAGGUUACACUUGACUUUUAACUUUCGUUAAUGGGUUCUGUCAAAUGAGUAAAUUUAACUAUUUUUGGAAUUAUUAUCCAUGAAAUGCAUUGGAUUACCACAGAGUCUAUCCUAUAGGUAAUAUAUUGAAAAAUGUGAUAGAAAAAUGAUACAGAUGAAGGUACAGUUUUAAAUGUGUUUUACGUAUGUACGCCGAGGAACAGAAGAUUUUUUUCUUUUCGAAAUGGAUUAAUAAGAUAGCAACAAUCUUAGUGCAAAAAAAUUGAAAAUUUAUUUAUUUAUUUAGUACACGACAAUAACGAUAAUAUAUAUUUUUAUUUAGCAAAAACUGUUUGUUAUCUUGUAACGGGAUUUUCGAGGGACUUAAGGAUUUGAUUGUAUUAAAAACGUCUUCUGUUGGUCUGGCGUUCGUUUCAAAGUAUUUGAAUUUUGUGGCACAAAACGUAUUUAUUGUUUUUAAUAUUUUUAUCGUUAGUAUUUUGCCAUGCACUUUAAAUUCUGCUUUAAUGGAAGUCAUAUUUUGUAUUGAAUGCAAUUGUUAAAGCUACCGUCGGACACAGUUGUUUUGCCUAGUAUGUUCCACAUUGCAAGCAGUCGGAGUGCAUUGAAUGUAUUUUUAAUACGGAGAUUUGUGUCCGACGUUUGUUUAGAUCUGGCUUGAGUGUUUUUCCAAAGACGAAACUGUUAAGAUGUAAGUUUGAGUUGUGGCCAAUAUUUCAGCUCAGAAGUGAUGUAAAGUCGUGAUUUUAUAUAUAUUUUUAGGUAAAUUUGUGUAUUUUUAUAUAUUUGCUAAAUUAUUAAUUUAUAUAAACGAGUUAUUAUGUUACAAAAAUGUAAAUCGUUUUUAGUUCUCUUGUACAAAAUAUGUUUUUACCAGCCAGGUUGUUAUUACCUGUUAAAUUGCAUUAUUUGUAAAAUAAUUUUAAAGUGGCAUAUUUCUGCAUAAAUUAUAUCGGUGCUAAUUAUUAUGCUUACUUUCAGUGUUGUUUAUAUUCACUUGCAUUUUAUAAAGAUGUAAAGAUUUUUGUCAAUUUAUCUGUUAAAUAUAUAAAUAUAAAUGA